AUUUUAGGAUGAUAUUGGAAUCAUGAAGGAUAUGAAUAUGGAUGCUUAUAGAUUCUCCAUUUCUUGGUCUAGAGUGCUACCAAAAGGAAAGCUUAGUGCAGGUGUAAAUCAUGUGGGAAUAAACUACUACAACAAUCUCAUUGAUGAAUUACUGGCUAAUGGUCUGCAGCCAUAUGUGACCAUUUUUCAUUGGGACGUUCCACAAGCCUUAGAGGAUGAGUACGAAGGUUUUUUAAGUCCUCGCAUUGUAGAUGAUUUUAGAGACUAUGCUGAACUUUGCUUCAAGGAAUUUGGUGAUAGAGUUAAACAUUGGAUUACAUUGAACGAACCAUGGAGUGUGAGCGUAAAUGCUUAUGCAAAGGGAAAAUUUGCGCCAGGUCGAUGUUCAGAAUGGUUAAAACUGAAUUGCAUUGGAGGUGAUUCAGGGACAGAGCCAUAUUUGACUGCACAUAACCAACUUCUUGCUCAUUCUGCUGCUGUUAAAUUGUACAAGACUAAGUAUCAGGCAUCUCAAAAAGGUAUAAUAGGGAUUACACUGCUCUCUCACUGGUUUGUGCCGGCUUCUAAAGAGACAUCAGAUUGUGAUGCUGCACAACGAUCCAUCGACUUCAUGUAUAUGGAUCCAAUCACAAAAGGCGAGUAUCCGAAAAGCAUGCAGUUUUUGGUAGGGAACCGGCUACCAAAGUUUUCAAAAGAAGAAUCUGAGCAACUUAAGGGGUCCUUUGAUUUUUUAGGCCUAAACUAUUACUCAUCUUCUUAUUCUGCUUAUGCACCUCAACUAUGUGGUGCUAGACCAACCCUGCAAACUGAUGCUCUUGUUAAUGAAACAUAUCACCAUAAUGGCAAGCCCCUUGGUCCAAUGGCUGCUUCCGACUGGUUAUGCAUUUAUCCACGAGGAUUUCGACAACUGUUGCUUUACAUCAAGAACCAAUACAACAACCCCGUAAUUUACAUUACCGAAAAUGGCCGUGAUGAGUUCAACGAUCCAACACUAUCACUUGAAGAAUCCCUUAUAGAUACUUAUAGAAUUGAUUAUUUUUAUCGUCAUCUUUAUUAUCUUCAAUCUGCAAUCAAGGAUGGUGUGAAUGUAAAGGGAUAUUUUGCAUGGUCGUUGUUGGAUAACUUUGAAUGGGAAUCGGGCUUCUCCUUGCGAUUUGGACUCAUCUUUGUGGAUUUUAAUGAUGGCUUGAAAAGACACCCAAAACUCUCGGCGCAUUGGUUCAAGAAUUUCCUCAAAAAGUCUAACAAACAUAUGGUAUAUUAAUGACGCCCUUGAUGAAUGAGAGAUUCUUGAUUUCCGCCCAUGAUUCCAAAAGAGUGCGGGAUUUGUUUUUGGCCAUCAUGUGUUUGAUGGUAAAAAUAUGAAAUAUUUUUUAAUAUGUAAGUUAUUGUUAAUGAGAUUAGUCUUAGAUGAUUAAACAAAACAUUAAUAACAUGACUUGAUGACCUACAUAUAUUUAUGUAGGAUUUUUAGCGCA